AUGGGCGUGACUCGAUCGCGCACACUGCUAUUCCUUUCUAUUCGAGAUUCACUUACCCCUGGCACGCAGAGCAAUGCUCUAAGCACGCCCCUACUUCAUGAUGCCCCAACAUCUGAAGAUGUGUACUUUGACGAUGUGCGUGACGAGGUCGCCCUCGAUGUAUCCCUCCCACCAGCAUGGGUCGACGCCACGGAACAGGUGGAUGCGAUUCUCAGUGCUAUGAUACCCAAACUUGCUCAACUUGAUCGACUCCAUGCGCAGCACUUACUACCUAGCUUUGACGAUAAAAGCGACCAAAAACGUGUGAUUGAGGACCUCACAGACGAUAUCACGCAGGAUUUUCGGCGGGCUUCUGAGCAGGUGGCCAAGCUGGCGAAGCAGACGACCGAAGCACUUCGGUCGAAGCGCUUGUCUAAGCCUGAGGUCACCGCUGCGCGGAAUGCUCAGACCGCAUUGGCGACCCGUGUACAGCACAUGUCGUCGGUGUUUCGACAAAAGCAAUCGACGUAUUUGCGCAAGCUCCAGGGCAUGGAGAUUCAAGAGCCGCAGAAAAGGGAGGCGUGGCUUCUAGACGAUGAAGACAGUGUCCGGGAUGAUGUCGCACUGUGGCAGCAAAGCGAGCAGACACUCAUUGAUACAAAUGAUGGCCUGCAAGAAAUCCAGGAGCGCGACAGGGAAGUGCAGCAGAUUGCCACUUCCAUUGCGGAAUUGGCACAGCUGUUUCAGGAUCUGAACGUUUUGGUGAUUGAGCAGGGCUCGAUGCUCGAUCGCGUCGACUACAACAUUGACAGUAUGGCUAGAGAUAUGCAACAGUCAUCCGCGGAGCUGGGGAGAGCGAUGCGCUACCAGGUCGGUGCAGGUCGGCGCGCGCUGAUUUUACUGCUCCUGCUGUGCAUUGCUUUGUUGGUUGCCAUCCUGAUCAUCCGUCCCUUUUUCCGCUAA